ACAUUCACUCCCUUCAACGUUCUCUCUUUCCUCUUAGUUCAGCAACAAUAAGGCUUCCCUUUUAUUAAUGGUUGCGUGAAGCAGAAGUUUGGAAUAAUAGUCGUUCUGUUCUGUUCUCUAGCUAGCUUGUUCGAGAUUUGGUAAUUAUUGCGAACGCAUCACCUUCUAAGUUUGUGUUUCAUUCUCGAAAUGGGGAAGAAAACUGAGCUGGGAGAUCACAAGGAGACAGCCAGAGUUGAAGCUGUUCUUGAGCUCCUCAGAAAACAAACCCCUCUCACUGUCAAGCAGGAGAAGUUUUGCAACUAUGCUUGUGUGAAGCGGUUUCUGAAAACAAAAGGGGAUAAUGUAAAGAAGGCUGCGAAGCAACUCAAGGCUUGUCUUUCUUGGAGAGAGAGUGUUAUCAAUGAUCAUUUGAUAGCAGAUGAUUUCUCUGCUGAACUGGCUGAUGGGUUGGCUUAUGUGGCUGGUCAUGACGAGGAAUCCAGACCUGUUAUGAUUUUCCGGUUGAAACAAGACUAUCAGAAGUUGCAUUCCCAGAAAAUGUUCACUCGUUUGCUGGCCUUUACACUAGAGGUGGCCAUUUCGACCAUGCCAAAAAACGUAGAACAAUUUGUGAUGCUUUUCGAUGCAAGCUUUUACAGGUCAGCAUCUGCUUUUAUGAACUGGUUGCUAGCAGCACUGAAAAUUGUGGCCGAGUACUACCCAGGCCGGUUAUGCAAAGCGUUUGUCAUAGACCCUCCAUCGCUUUUCGCUUACUUAUGGAAGGGUGUUCGCCCGUUCGUUGAGCUGUCAGCGUGGACGACGGUGGUAUCAUCGUUGGAUUUCGAAGAAUCGCUGGACUUCAACGACUUCGCGGCGUACCCUCGAGCCUCGUCCCUUCGAUUCGAGAGCUCAAGCGUGAAACCAACGGUGAAGAUGGGUGCGUGCUCCUCAUCGCGCUUCUCCUUCACCGUAUCGCAUCAUUUGGACUCGUUGAAGCCCUGGUACCUGAGUCUAACCGACACGUCAGCAUCUAAAGUGGGACCCACGAGCCCCUCACCCGCACUCAUCUCGCCCCUCAACGCGCGCUCCCUCUCCUUCGCAUCGCCCGUCGCAAGGACCCCCCGCGGCCCCCCAGCCACCAGAAAGGGCCUCUUCCCCUCUACGCCGCUGCCGCAGCGCGUGACGGCUCCACCUCGGACCUCUUUCCUUCAAUCGCCGGCGACGUUCUUCCGGCGAGAGAGUCACGCUUCCGGCAGGGUAGAAAGGUCCCGGGAAUGUUUCUUGCCGUAUGUGAAGUUCUACAGAAGACCUUACGACGAAAUGGUUUAUAGGUCAAAGAUGAGGCCCCCACUCGGUGGCCUCAUUUCCAUUGUUUCCCCUCACAUGAGAAGACGUCACGUUUCAGUUUCUCAGCGUUUCUAAUUUUAAUUCUAAAUACACCGCAAUCAACGCCCACAAUUACCACUGCCAUUUUUUUCUUUUUUUUCUUUGCCCUCAGUACAUAUGAGUAUAUUUGAAUGUAUUAGUAUUAUUAAGUAGACAUUAAUUCGUUUUUGAUCCUGAAUUUCAAUUUUCAAGUUCACUCGUGCGGUUGGUUGCAUUGAAUGUCAACAGUGGACGCUAACUAGGUUAUAGAGUUCGGAGCUUAGAGGGUUGAAGUAAAAGAAUAAAAAAACGACGACGUGCAAGGCGGGGUAUGAAACGGCGUGCAGUAUAUGUUUAUUUUUGGGGGUUUGGAGGGGGCAACGGCAAUUGCUUGGGAAGAAGGGAGCGUGGUCGAAACGGCGAACUCUGAACUGCGCGUUGGUAAUAUUUGCUAUGGUGGGAAAUAGUAGAGCAAGAUUGGAAAAGCGUUGAAAAUGAAACGACAACGUUGAUCUUUGUAAUUUGAUUUAAAAUUUGAGAAUGGAAUCUUUUUGUAGAAAAAUGGGUUGGACUUUCUUUGUUCAUAAUAAUGAAAAGGAGGAAGG